GACGUCUUCGCAAAUUAAUCCGGAAUAGCUUGAAAAAUCAUACAAGUUUCUCUUUAUUCUCUCAGGAAUCAAGUUAAACACGAACGACUGAUGAUAACUCAAAAUUAUCAAGAUCUAUCAAAAACGCUGAUUACAUCGUAACCAAAGUCCAACUUUCGAAUUAUUUGUAAACGUUACUACGUCGUACCAUAGAUUUGGUUGAUGCUCUGACAGGAAUAUCGUCGGUGACGAAGAAGAAAAGAUAAAAAGCGCUGAGUCAAUCGACACAAGUCGUUUGUUAAAGGAUAGUGAGUCUCGAGUCUCGUCAACGGAAAGUUAAAAACACACUAAUUGAGAUGGCAACUAAGGAUCUUAAAGACGACACCGCCGCUACUUCAGCUGGCAAACUCUUUACGCGAGCAGAAGUGGAAAAACAUUCUGAAACUUCCAAAGAUACAUGGAUCAUCAUUCAUAAUAAUGUCUACAAUGUCACUUCGUUUCUCAAUGAGCAUCCUGGUGGUGAGGAGGUACUCCUGGAACAACACGGACAAGAUGCUACAGAAGCUUUCGAAGAUAUUGGACAUUCAACUGAUGCUAGGCAAAUGAUGGAAUCGUAUAAAAUUGGAGAGUUGGUAGAAGCAGAAAGAAUGGAAGAUUCUGGAAAGAGAAUAAGGGACUGGUCUAAUAAAAAUGAAGACAGCUCUAGUUCUUGGUGGUCCUGGUUGAUUCCAAUUGCCCUUGGGGUGCUUGCUACCAUCAUCUAUCGCAACUUUAUCAGCGCAUAUUAAAACAUUCCGUCUUUUUUUCGUGUUAUUUACUUGUUAACAACUAUAUAUAUAUAUAUAUAUACAUAUGUAUUGAUAAACAAUUGUACAAUUUUUCCGAAUGUAUGUCGCGUAUUGUUGUUUUCUAUGAACCAAAUAAUGCAUUUUCUGGCCUAGGAUCUCUUUACAAGAGAAAGGAAGAUAGAAAGGAAACGAUCGAUAAUGUGUACUAUAUAAUGAUAUAUAAUACAAAUAACGCGCAUUUAUAUAUUUAUAUGUAUACAUUUGUACACAUAGUAUAUAUAUGCAUAUGUACAUGUAGCGUUCAUACGCGACGUUCUCCAAAUUGACAAAAUAAAUUAAUUUAAUUCCUUAAAAACAG